AUGCUCGAAUACUUUGCCUACAAGAAAUACAAGAAGCACAAGGCCGAAAAGGAGGAGAAGAAGGAAGACAAGGGCAAGGCAAAGGAGGAAAUUGUGCACACCCCCGGCCCCGCUCCGGCACUACCACCCCGCAUCAAGACCCCCGAAAUUACAUGGGACUCGGACGACUUCAACAGUCGCCACUCGGGAGAGAUCUCGGAUAGCUCAGCCAUCGUCGCAGUGUCCCGCUCCCGCGACGACAAGGACAAGGCCCUCGCCACGAUCCCCGCCCCCAACCCCCAACAGUGCAACCCUGGAACCCCCGCCGAGGCCACCAAGGACGAAGUCGCCCGCGAGCAAAAGGACCUCUCUCGCGUCUUGCGCAGCCUAGGCCUCACCACCGACGAAGAUGACCGCGCUCUGUCCCUGACGCCAGACGUCGCCAGCCUCGCCAAGCGCUUCACCCUCGUCCUCAAGGACCUGGCCAACGGCGUGCCCACCGCGUACGGCGACCUCGUGUCUCUCAUCGAGGACCGCGACGGCCUCCUCGACCGCACCUUUGAGAAGUUGCCCGGGCCGCUCCAAAAGCUCGUCAUGCAGAUGCCCGAUAAGAUCACGGCCUCGUUCGCGCCCGAAGUACUCAAGGCCGCCGCCGCCGCCCAGGGCAAGGAGGUCGACGUGAAGGGCGAGGGUGGCCUCAAGGAUGCCGCCAUGAGCUUGCUCACAGUGAGAGGCAUGCAAGAGAUGGUGACGAAGCCCGGUGCCAUUGCUGGAAUGCUGAGGUCCAUCGUCAAUGCGCUUAAGCUGCGAUUCCCCGCCUUCAUCGGGACCAAUCUUUUGUGGAGCGUCUCCGUAUUUCUUCUUCUCUUCGUGCUAUGGUACUGCUACAAGCGCGGUCGCGAAGAGCGCCUCAAGAAGGAAUCCGGUGAGGCUGGCCCAGCCGUUGUGAAGGAAGGAACUGAGAGCCGGUUAAGCAUCGAAGAGGUUCGUGAGGGCGAGUCCUCACAGGCAGGGCCUUCGACGCUCCCGGCCGUCAACCCCGUGCCUACCAUCACCGAGCCCGAGGAUGAAGCUGCCAAGGCUGUUGCAGCAGGCUCCUCUCAGGCCCGAAGCUAA